AUGCGCGUCGUCCCCCCGCGGCCUCCCUACGCGCUUCCGCCCGGCCGCGACGCUGGCAACAAUAUUUUUGACCCGCCGGAGGAACUGGAGAGGAAGGUGCGGGAGCUGGCAGACUUGAUCAGGAGUUCCUCCAAUGUAGUGUUUCACACGGGGGCUGGAAUCAGCACCGCCUCAGGGAUUCCUGACUUCAGGGGGCCCAAUGGUGUCUGGACUAUGGAAGAGAAGGGGCUCUCCCCCAAAUUUGACACCACCUUUGAGAAUGCCAGGCCCUCCAAGACUCACAUGGCGCUGCUGGGGCUGCAGAGAGUUGGCAUCCUGAAAUUCCUGGUCAGCCAGAACGUGGACGGCCUUCACGUGCGUUCAGGAUUCCCACGGGACAAAUUGGCUGAGCUCCAUGGGAACAUGUUUGUGGAAGAGUGCGUGAAAUGUGGCAAGCAGUAUGUGCGGGACACAGUCGUGGGCAGCAUGGGGCUGAAGCCAACGGGCAGGUUGUGCAGCGUCACCAAAGCCCGCGGGCUGCGGGCCUGCAGAGGGAAGUUAAGAGACACCAUUCUGGACUGGGAAGAUUCUCUGCCUGACCGUGACCUCACUCUGGCGGACGAAGCCUGCAGGAAAGCUGAUCUCUCCGUCACUCUGGGGACCUCUCUGCAGAUCAAACCCAGUGGCAACCUCCCGCUGAUCACGAAGAAGAGAGGAGGGAAGCUGGUCAUAGUCAACCUACAAGCAACCAAACACGACAGACAGGCCGACCUGCGCAUCCACGCCUACGUCGAUGAUGUCAUGACGAAGCUGAUGAAGCACUUGGGGCUGGAGGUCCCAGAGUGGACAGGGCCGGUGGUGGUGGAAAGCGCUGAGCUCACCAAGCCCGAACAGCUCUUCAAAUUUGACCCCGGGGCUCGCGGGGUGCUGAAGGAGGAGCCCCUCUCCCAGCACAACGGCACGGGUGGGCUGUGCCCUGACCUUGGGACCACACUGGUGGAGCGCCGUGACAGUCUGAAGCAGGACUGUCCCAGCCCGGACAUGGGGCCAACGGCGGUGAAGAAGAUGAAGGUGGAGCCUCUCCUCACCUGACCCAGAAUGUUCCCUGUCUGUCUAGACACUCGUCUGUGCCGCUUUUCCUACCGACUUUUUUUAAUACCCUUAAACAUUGUCCCUUUUUUUAUGUAAGUAUUAAAUACACUCGAAUUGUGU